AUGCAACUUUUGUACACGCUAUUUUAUCUUGCCCAUUUUGUUUUGACCGUGCAUGGAUUGGCAAAUCAAGGCGCAGGAGGAGGUGCCGGAGGAGAUGCUAAGACAAGUUCCAAUACAAUAGUAUGGAUAACCACAACCAUGAAUGGUAAGUUAACAACGGCAUCUACAAUUUACAGCCAAUCCUUCAUGUCUACAUACACCGAAGCACAGACCGACGACGUUGAAAGUGGAGCUAUUGGUAUGGGCUCAUUAAGUGGAUCGGUGGGAACUCAGAGAUCAUACGAUCAAACAACAAUAUCAAGUGGUGCUGCAGAUGGCGCUUUUUACGUUCCUUAUAAUGUAUAUACGGGACUUGUUGGCGGGUUCGCUAUCAUGUCUGAAGAUCUUGCUCAAAAAACUGAAGAUUUGUCCUUGGAUGCAAAACAACAAGCAGACAAGACUGUUUUUGAUUCAAAAUCAGAGUUCACUGCUAAGCAUCCAUUGAACAGUAGAUGGACCUUGUGGUACACGAAACCUCAGACCAGUAAGACCGAAAACUGGCAUGAUUUGUUAAAACCAGUCAUAACAUUUUCCUCAGUGGAAGAAUUUUGGGGGAUUUACAAUUCCAUUCCAGCAGCAAACCAGUUGCCCUUAAAGUCAGACUACCACUUGUUCAAGGAAGGCGUUAGACCAGAGUGGGAAGAUGAGGCCAAUGCUAAAGGGGGUAAAUGGCAGUACUCUUUCCGCAAGGGCGAAGCCACUCCAAUUAUCAAUGAUUUAUGGUUACGUGGUUUGUUAGCUGUCAUCGGUGAAACUAUAGAGGACGACGAGGAUGAAGUAAAUGGAAUUGUUAUCAACGUCAGAAAGCAAGUUUACAGAAUUGGUAUUUGGACUAAAGACUGCGACGAGUCAAAGUUGAAAACUGUGGGCGAGAGGUUAAAGAAGAUCUUGCAAUUGAAAGAUGAACAAAAAGUCGAGUUCAUCUCUCACGAUGCUUCCAAUGUUAGAGGUGCAGAGGCCCAAAUUGUUUUAUAG